AUGGCUGCUGCUUUAUCUGGUUCACAACGCGCUAUCCUGUGGUACCCUCCCGCGUACGAUAUCCGCGUGGAGACGGUGCCGAUUCCUCAGAUCAUUGACCCAGAUGAUGCGAUCGUCAAGAUCAAACUAGCGGGCCUAUGCGGAAGUGAUCUUCACAUCUACAGAGGGCACGAGGAUAUCGAUAAACCUUUCAUAUGCGGACAUGAGCUAAUUGGUGAAGUUGUCGCGCUGGGCUCCAGCUUUCAUCCAAAUGCGACCGGCAGGCCGGAACUAUAUUCUACUUUGCAAGUCGGUGACAAAAUCGUCUCCCCCUUCACUGUCACAUGUGGCGAAUGCCAUUUCUGCCGAGUGGGAUCCACAUCCCGUUGCAUUCACUCUAGCCUCUUCGGAACUCCUUCUCUUCCUGGAGGCCAGGAACAAUACGCGCGGAUUCCGAAGGCAGGAGGAACACUUUACAAUCUGAAUGCGUUGUCCUCUGCACCACUAGAUGUGUCUAAGGUCGCAGAGAGUUCGCUCCUGUUGCUCGCAGAUAUCCUCCCUACGGGUGUGUUCGCCGCUCUACAAGUCCUGCAGCAUCCCAAGCUAUCUCCCAUGCUGACGGGUUUACCGUAUCCUUGGAGCUCGAAUAUUCCGAGUGGCUAUGACUGCGCUGGGAUGAGUUCUGCCGUUCGAGACGAUGACAGGAAUAUAACAAUCGCAGUCGUUGGGCUAGGCCCAGUCGGAGUAUGCGCCACUGUGAGCCUGUUGGACAUGUUAGCAAGUUUACAGAAGGAGCGUGGGAUUACGUACCGGGUCGUGGCCAUCGACCCGAACGAAUCGAGGCGGACAAAGAUGCAAGCCGUGCAUACCGCAAUCGACGCUAAGGACAAACUGUCGGGAGAGGUGGUCGUAACAUCAAUCGAAGAAGGAAAACGCAUUGUCGCUGAAUGGACUGACAACGCGGGAUGCAACGCCGUCCUGGAGGUUGUGGGGAACAACAGUGCUCUCACGUUGUCAUACGAGCUAGUGUGCCCCUUCGGUGUCAUCAGCUCUGUUGGAGUCCACCAAGAACCGCCGCUACCUUUCACCGGGCGUGAAAUGUAUGCCAAGAACGUCUCAUUUGACUUUGGACGUUGCCCGGUCCGCGCUAUGUUUCCGAUUGCCCUCGAGAUACUGCUGCGGAGGCAGGAUGUGUUCGGGACAGUUGGAGAGACUACUAGCUUGAUAGACAAGAUCGUCGGCCUCGACCAGGCCGCGGAGACUUACGAGAUGUUCGAUAAAGGGAAGUGUGGCAAGGUUUUAUUCGAUCCCUGGCUGUAG